AAAAUCAGGCUACGUGUAUAUCAUGCAGUAUCAGUAGCCAAAAAAAAAAGAAAAGACAUUCCAAGUAGUAUCUUCUAAAUGGUCUUGCUGGAGGUGACAGUAUUGCAGUAGUUGUUAAAGUAAAUCUUACUAUGAAUCGGUUCUAAACCAGAAAAUUUUACUGGAAAUUAAAGCUUCCGUAUGACCUUAACAAUAUUAAUGUUAAAAUAAAUUAUGAGAAAAAAACACUUGUUCCACAUCUGGCUCUAUUAAAACUUUAAAAGCAAAGCAGAUAAAACACACAGCUGGAUGUAAUCCAUAAUCAGUUUCUUCAUGCCCAGCUUGUUUUUCAUUGACGCCUCUCUAGCUCUUAGUCAGUGGUACAGGGAUGAUGGUGCCAAGUCUUGUGAUAACAACUCUGACUCCUGCCUUUCUUCCUUCCACUCACUUUCAAGCAGGAUACAAAUCACGUGUCACAAGUCUCAUUCAAACUUUGCUAAAAUGCUUAGUUAAAUUUUUGUUCCUGUAAUUCCUGUUUAUGUGACUUCCUGCAGCUUGUCUUUGAUCACUUCUGCCUUUAUGUAUACUUGUUCUGUAAGAGUUUGACUUCUUUAGUCCAGGCCAUUUUUAAUUCCCAGCCAUGUUCCUUUGUUGACAACAGAACAAAUGUGAAUUUAUUUCCUUAGCUAAUCUUUGGUUAAUUUCAGUCUGCUGGUUAUGUUUUUAGUUCUGCAGCAGUAUGCUGAAAUUUCGUCUUAAAAUACCAUUUUAAAGAUGACAUGGAACACAUACCCUUUAUAUUUUUGAUGAAAAGUGCCUUCUGCUCAUUUUCUACCAUAGAGCUGUCAGCAGCUUUUGAGUUUCUUGCUGAUUGUGCAGAUUUUUUUUUUUUUCCGAGAGGAUUUAAAUGGCUUUAAAUACAAGAGAAUAAACCUCCCAAGUUUAUUAAGGUCUGACAACAAACUGGGUAAUCCUGGGGUAUUGUUCUGUAAAUCCCCUAAUAAAAAAAAAAAACUUUAGAAUUUUUACAAAGCCUUUUUUACAUUGUUAACUACAGAAAAUAAGAUUUUAAAGCCCUUUUUUGAUACUUUGUUUUUGAUUUCUAAAUACUCCUAUCUAUGAUAAUUAUGGUUUAUUUCCACUCAUAGUCCCAAGAGAAAGCAGGUUAAAACAGCACUGAAUUUAUGAUCUUAAUCGAUUCAUGUACAAUUUACAUCUCUUUAGCAGGAGUAAAUGGAGCAUAGUCUCAGAUUUUUAUGUUUUCAUACUUGACAGCAAGCAUAAAACUACCAGACUCCAGAGUUUACAAACUUGAAAAUUCACUUGGGAAAACUUACCCUGCAAAAAAAUUUAGAAUUUAGUAAAAGGUUUUAUUUGAAACAGCUCUCAGUGAUCUCAUCUCUAGCUUGCCCUUACGCUUUCUCACCUUGUAUCUCUUACAGACCAACUGUUUGCACCAGCCUUCCUAAUGAUGAGUUGUUGUUACUGCUUUGUUGCUUCCUUUGUUGUCCAUUAAACUAAGCACCUGCGUGUCUGCACUGUGAGCCUUGAUCUGUUCUUUGCCUCACGAUGAAGAUAACAGAGAGAAGUUAAUGCUAAAGACAUGGCUGUAGGAGAUUGUUACAUGAUUGCUUAAUAUCAAAUACGCUUAGGUCUCCCUGCUUUGUGUUUCCUUCGUUACUUCCAAGCAUCUCUGAAUGGUGAUACUGUUAUUUAUGUGCUAUGAGAGAAAUAAUUAUAGAUAUUUAAUUGAGAAGUUUUUCUAGCCAACUUCUAGUUCUUUUAUGGUCCUAUAUGGGAACUGUGAACAAAGCCAAGUACUCAGUGGUUAGAAUAUUUUAAAAUUAAUUAUUCAGUUUAUUUUAUUAAAUGGUAUAAUUUUAUGAACAUCAGAAAGGAAUCUAGAAGCUGUUGGAUGCUCCCUUCAAAGGGAGAGAUUAAUUUAAGCAUUAAUUCAGAAAAUUGCAAGGGAAUGGACACCAGUCUUAACAAAGCUAGUGGAAAUGGUUUGUAAUUUAAUAGUUGAGGUAUUGGCCAAAAAUAGAAAAAGUCUGUGUAGAUUUUAAGUCAUCCAGCUGCACCCUGUUAGGUUAUGGAGAUAAAUUCCACUUGCAGAAGAAGAAAUAGCAGUUCUAAAUUUAGUAAGUUACCUCUUUGAAGGUAAAAUUGAUCUGCUGAUUAACUGGUUUUCCUCUUCAGAUAAUGCUUUUCAUCCUUUUUUUAAAAAUUGAAAUCUCUGAAAUACAUACUGAGAGCAUUUUCAGUACAAUGUUGAACUUGUACAUACCAGUUCUUUGUGGUUUUGGAGUUACAAGUGUUUAGAGAGCUGUAAUGCUCAAGUCUUCUUAUUGGUGAUUUGUGGUAGGUUUUGGUGUCAUGGAAUAUCCUCUGUAUUUUUCAAAAUGGUGAGAGAAAGUUCAAUCAAGAGUGUUUCUUUGAAAAAGAAGCAUUAUUACAAAGGAAACGUUUUUUGAAAAUACAGAUUAUUUAUAUUGUAAAUGAAAUAGACUUUGCAUUUCACUGUCAAUUAAAUGAUUGAAGUGUGCUUGUUGCAGCUUUAAGGUGUUUGAUUCAGUCAGGUUGAAAAAUGUCCACCGACUCCAAUACAUUUUUACCUGUUGAACCUUACACAUCUGCUUUGCUUUGUAGUUGGUGCUACUUGUUUGUAAAUGUUAUCCUGUCAUUUUGAGAAGAGGAAUUUCUUGGCAGUUGAAGAAGAAGGAAAGAAAAAAAGAGUGUUUUCAAAUAUCCUGGUGAUACUUUGAAACUGCUUCAUGGAAUAAUUGCAGACUUGGGGAUCUAAUUGCACUGUAUGACAACAGCAAUUUUUUAUGUGCUUUGCACUGCAGGUAUCUUCUGUUGAAUUUUGUAGCUUGAAAAUAUUUAACAGUGAAUAUUUCUUUCCUUACAGAUGGCGGAGUUUGACGCCAGUUGGGCAGCCUAUACCAGGAACGAGGUUUAUUGCAUUCAAAGUACCUUUAAAAGGGGCAAUUAACCAGAGGCUUACCCCAAGCCAGAAAUUUACACCAAAAGAUUUAAUUGCUGCAAUGAAAGCCCUAAAUGUGGAGCUUGGAUUAAUUAUUGAUUUAACAUACACUACACGAUACUAUGAAGUUAAGGAUUUACCUAAAAGUGUGCAGUAUAAGAAACUUUAUACUGUUGGACUUGAAGUCCCUGAUAAUGCUACUAUCCUACAGUUCAAAAAGUGGGUCAGAAAAUUCCUUUGGGAAAAUGCAGGAAAUGAGAAACUCAUUGGUGUGCACUGUACUAACGGAAUUAAUAGAACUGGCUACCUUAUAUGUAGGUAUCUUAUAGAUGUUGAAGGCUGGGAUCCAGAGACAGCAAUUCAGGCUUUUGGUGAUGCCAGAGGUCAUCGCAUGGAUGGCCUCGUGUAUCUCACAGAUCUCAGGACACAGCCAAUGCGAAGUAACCUUGGAAUGGAUGUAUGGGAUGCAGAUGAAGACAUUAUCCCACCACCACAUGCGAUGGAAGGAUCUGUAGAGCGGUUCCCAAAUGAAGAUUUUCAGGGGUCUGGGAAAAGAUUAAGAAUUUAUGAUGACCACUCUUACAAUGAUUUGCAAGGACAAAUGCAGUUGCGAGAUUUUGACUUCAUUAAUAAGGGGCCUGGACAAAGACGAAGACCAUUUCAUGACCAUCAAACUCAGGAUGAAUUGAGAACAUCAGUGCAGAUGAGAAACUGGGACUACAAUAGGGGAGCAGAACAAAGACAAAGAGCCUUUACUGAUCACCAGUUUUAUGAUGAUUAUCAAGAAGACACGCAGCUGAAGGACCUCGACUUCAGUACCAAGGGACAUGGACAGAGUCUGAGACCUUUUCAUGGACACCAGUUUCAUGAUGAUUUGCAAGCAGACAGACAAUCUUUCGACUUCAACAGAGGCCAGGAACAAAGGCAGAGAUCUUUUCCUGACCAUCCAUCUCCUAAUGAUUUGCAGGAAGACAGGCAGUCAAAAGAUUUUGAUUUUAGUGGCAGGGGCCGUGGCCAGAGGCGAAAACUGUUCCAUGAGCCCCAGUCUCGUGGUGAAUUUCAGACUCAAAUGCAGUUAAAAGAUUUGGAUUCUGCCAGUAGAGGUCCUGGCCAAAGACUAAGAUCCUUCCAUGACUACAAGUCACAUGAUGACUUGCAGACACAGAUGCAAUUGGGAGAUUUUGAAUUUGUUAAGAGGGGUCGUGGGCAGAGGUUGAGACCUUUUAAUGAUCUCCAGCCUCGCAAUGACUUAAAAACAGAGAUGCAACUGAAAGAUUAUGAUAAUAAAGGUCCUGGACAAAGGUGCAGGCCUUUUCAUGACCCUCAGCCUUAUGAUGUCUUACAGGAACAGACUCAAUCAAAAGAUUUUGAUUAUAAAGGGCAUGGAAAAAGGCCGAGGCCUUUCCACGAUCAUCCAGGUCACAGUGACUUGCCACGUGAAUGGUGUUCAGACAGAAGUCAGUCCUUUUCUUCCCAUGAAAAUGUACCAGAACCUCAUUUUUCCUCAUCUCCAUCACUUCACAGGGAUUAUGGGUCUGAUAACGAUGACUUGAACAGAAAUUACAGUAAUCGACCACAUUGUCCUGAAGACAAUAGGAGAAUGCAUCCCUCAGAGGAAUUUAAUAGAGGAAAAAACAGAUUUGCACCAUACUCUUCACAAACAAUGCACCCAUCUUCAUCCUUACACCAAGAAGAUAGCUCAAUAGACUAUGAACGAAAGCCUUUUCAGGGUGAAACUACCAGAAGCAUGGAACAAAGUAAAAGAUUGCCAGUUGUAACAGUUGAUUACAAUUAUGGUCUGCCACUAGAUUGUGGACCUGAAGAGGAAGAGAGAUCACAUUAUGAUUUACCACCAGGAGACCACUACAAUUGGAACUGAAUAAAAAGGACAAUGUUUGCUCUGCUUAGAAUUGCUUUUACCUAUUUUGUUUUGUAUGUGGACCAACUUUUUUUUAAAGCAAAUUAGUUAAAUGAAAAUUUCAGUAGUAAAGAACAGGUCUAUAUUGUAAGAUUAGCUUCUACUGAUGUUUGGUUCUUUAUUAGGCUGUAUUUUAAGUGUCAUUGGAGACAAUGUCUCUGUAACACAUGGAAUUAAAGCAGUCCUUCCUUUUAGUGAAAUUGCAACCCUGAAACAAACAACCCCUUAAAACAAACAACUUUGAGUGAUUGUGUUUGUUUUUUGUUUUACAGUUCUUUAAAAUAUACGUGAUUUCCAGAUGCAUAAUAAAUAAAACAUUGCACUAUCAGGUAGACUAGCAUUGAAAUUAUAGGGAAAAUACUUAAAAGUGAAUGAAGCCAAGUUAUGUCCAGUUCAUCCUUUAAUCUGAAAACAGAAGUUUGAAUUAUUGCUAACAAUCACUGCAGCAUCACAAUUUACUUCCAUAUUAUCUGUACCAUCCACUGAACUGACAUAGUUGCAUUCUUUUUCAUAGCAGAAUUUUUCCCAGAUUGCUAAGAAUAUGUAAGCAGGUGGAGUUCAGAUAUUCUAAAUGUCAGCCUUGCUUAUCAGUAAUUGGAAUAUCUCAUCCUGAUUGUGUGGUUUUUUUUCGAUUCCUUAGGUUACCUAUGUUUCAGAAUAGCCCACUGCAGGUAAAUUCCACCAGUUUCUCAGCAACAAAUCCUAAGGAAGGUAGGUCAAGUGUAUCACCUUAGCAGUCGUGACUGGCCAAGGGCACUGGUGCCUGUGUACUUACACCUCAUAGUUUGUCAGCCAUAUCUGUCCUGCUCCACAGUUCUGUUUUUUACUAGUUUCUUCUUAGAGCAGAGUACUCAGAACAGAAGACUUACUUCUUCAGGUGAGCUCAUUUUAAGCCAUGUAUCGAGCAAUCUCCUGAACUGUGUGUGGCUCUCACCAAAGUAGUGCAACAAACAGAAACUGAAUUUAUGCUGCACAGUAGCACCAACAGCUCCUACUAUGGAUAAAGAUAUCAUAGGGUGGAAAACAGUAUUACUGUAAUACUUAGGUAAAUUAAAAUACCUACAUUUUUCAUUAUUAUUCCAUUUUAAUACUUAAAGAAAUACGAUCAGGGUAGACCAUUAUAUUAAAAUAAACAAUUGAAUGCAAGCUACUUAAGUCAUGCAGUUAAGACAUUGCCUUAAAAGCAAAGCUUUAAAGCAUCAAGCAAGAGAGCUAGAGGGUGUAGGUAUACACUAGAAAACUGGGGAAAAAAGUGUUCAUAGCCAAAACCCAGAAAGUUUUUCUUUGCCUUUUAGUGGCAGCAUAAAACCCAGAUUUCUGAAUUGGUGGUUCUGAACUAAAUAAGAAUUAGAUUGGAGUAUCUUGUAACUCCUGUUGUUUUGUAACACAUGCAAACAGUUCCCUAGUGAAAGGGCUCCAUGGAUAUAAAUUCAUACUGCAAAUGCUUUAUUGCCUGUGCAACUGGUAGAACAACUUUGGCUUUGUUCAUUGUGCUAAGUAAAUAGUUGUCUCAUUUUCACAGCAGCUUUGUAUUUCCCAUUAAAUUGUAUUUGCCAUCAAAUUUGAUGGUGAGCUUCAUUCAUGUGGUCUCGGGAAUUAAGCUCUGUCUAUAUAAACUGGU